GUACCAAAUGUCCUGUAGCCAAUUUAUCCUCUCUAAAACAACCAUCUUCUCCUAUAUAAAGCUCACUUUAAAGCUGUGUUUUUGUCCAAUAUUCAUUCAGAUUCACUCAGCCUCUCUCUUUUGUGUGUACCUGUGAGGUGCGUGCGUGUGUCAGUGUGUGAGAGACCAAGAUAUUAUGAAUCUUGUCUAACCAGCAACACUCAUCAUAGCGAAUCAUCAAAACCACCACCUGACCUCUGUCAACUCAACUCUUUUCUGUUGAACACAACUCAAAGCCAUUUAUUAUGGAUGUUCACCUACGCAACGCGGAUCACUCACUGCCUCCUUCACUGUUUUAUGAUCUUCAAGAUUGUGGUGAUACUUCACUCUCAAACUGGGUCUCUGCCUCACCAAACAACAAGCCCAUCCCUACCACCGGCAGUUGGUCUUCCUUUGCUUCAUCUGACUCUUUUUUAAGUUCGCAAGUUGCGUCAGAAGUGGGUUCGGCGGAGACAGAAAGCGACCCGGACGAAGAGUUCAUGGCUGAGUUGAUUCGUCAGAUGGCUCACUUCAUGUUUCAGGAUGAUGAUAAACUAGAAAAGUCAUGGGGUUCGGCUGGUUCGCCGCAAUCAACAGAUUGGUCACCUUUACGCAUGAACCAUGGGAGGCAAAUAGAUAUAUCUCGAGAUCCGUCACCACCAGGACCAAUCAUGAUGGAGGAGUUUGAGAAGAUGAAGAUGAAUAGUGAAGUCCCUUCAAGCAUGAGCAACAGCAACGUUGAGUUUCACUCUAAACAAUCUCUUAUUGAUGAUCAAAUACGAGCUAUUCGAUUCCUUAAGCUCAAACAAGAGCAGCUUAUGAAACAACUCGAGUACAAAAAACAGCUUAAAGUGUACCAAAACAAAGCGAGAGCUUAUGGUGGAUAUAACAAUAUUGGGCAAAAGACUGUGCCUUCUCCGACUUCAAGUUCAAUUAGCCCAUGGUCUAACUCUAACAUGCAACAGCAGCAACAGAGCAACCAACAACAACCCAGUUCGGGUAUGAGAGCGGUGUUCCUCGGUGAGCCGGGUUCAAAAACUGGGUCAGUUGGAACCGGUGUCUUUUUGCCUAAAGGAAUCGGCGGCAACUCUUCCGAAUCACGCAAGAAACCAGGUUGUUCUACAGUUCUUAUACCAGCAAGAGUGGUACAGGCUCUAAAACAACACUUUGACAAAGUGGGUGUGCCAUCUGCAUCAAAAUUCAAUGAAAAUUUCCCUCUGCAACAUGAUUCUAUGCAUGUGGCUGGGAAUGGAAGGAAUAGCUUUUAUUCACAGCAACAUCGCCAGCCCUGGAACGUGCCCGCCAUGAACCAUCAAGAUAUGGGUCUACCUCAAGAAUGGACUUAUUAACAGCCCAACCAUCACGAGGAGUUCAAGUUCAAGACAGAUUUGGACAAAAAAUAGAAAUUGGUUAAAUAUAGGGAAUCUGAUAUAGUGUAGGUGGACAAAUAAAGAUGAAGAUAAUAUUUCUCUCUCUAUUUUUACUAUCGGAGGAAAGCCAAAUUUAGUCUGAAAAAUAAGAAUAAAAGGUGUCUGAAAGAUAUUCAUACAGGCUUCUUACCUUCUUCUGGCUUAUGUAGCUCAAUAGAUUAAAGUAGUUGUAACCUGAGGAUGCCUUUUGAAGUCCCUUAAUAAUAAUGCAGUUGUCAGCAAUGCAGACUUGAUUGUUAUGGUU